CAGUUGCUUCACAGUGUCAGUGUCACAAGUUCAGCAGGAAUCUUCGGUCCGUCAGUCCGUCAGCACCUGUCACCAUGAACAGAGCAGUUGUUUUCGUGUUUGUCGCCUGCUGUGCGCUCUCAGCACUGUCAUUGGCUCAAGAUGAACAGCCAUCCCAUCCUUCUGGAACUGUGAUCCCUGCAAAGGAAUUUACAGAAAUUUCCCCAACCACAACCACCACCCCCAAGACUACAGCCACCACCGCCAAGACUACAACCACCACCGCCAAGACUACAACCACGACCCCGAAGACAACCACCACCACUGCCAAGACUACAACCACCACCCCGAAGACAACCACCACCACCACCGCCAAGACUACAACCACCACCGCCAAGACUACAACCACCACCCCGAAAACAACCACCACCACCACUGCCAAGACUACAACCACCACCGCCAAGACUACAACCACCGCCAAGACUACAGCUCCUCCUCCUGAACCUACUCCCUCUACCAACUUGACUGCAGGAAACUACAGCCUAAAGACCGACAAAAACGUGACUUGCCUGAUGGCUCAUAUGUCAUUGCAGAUCCGAGUGGCAAGACCAAAGCUCAAUGGAACCUUCAUUGUUCAGCCAAAGAAGACCAAAGCUGCCGGAUUUUGUAAGGGAACCACGGCCAACCUUACCCUUGAAUUCAAGGAGGGCUACAUCACCUUCAUGUUCAACAAGAGCUCUGCCAACAAUACUGCCUAUGUGAAUUAUCUGUCUUUCGACAUCUCCUACCCCUUCAGCAAAGGAGCUUUGGACCGGUACCAGGCCAAGAACAACUCAGUGAGUCUCUUCUCCGCAAAGGUUGGACACUCCUACUCCUGCAAGGCUGAAUCAAUUUACAUGGGGAACGGACUGUACCUGGUAGUCGAUGAGGACCGGCUGCAGGCCUUCAAUCUGACCGAGGCCAAUGAGUUUGGCGCCACUGAUUUCUGCCGUGCGGACCAGCCUGAUUACAGUGUUGCGAUCGGCGUGGGAGUGACCUUGCUGGUGCUCAUUAUCAUCGUGGUGGUGGCGUAUAUCCUGAGCCGCAGGAAGAGGGCCGAUGGCUACCAGUCUCUGUGAGGUGGGGAGGGUCAGAGUGAGAAGAGGUCCCCCAGAGGGGAUGCAUGUUAUAAAUUAGUCAGGCUAUGGGGUUCUUUCUCAGGGGCUGAAGCACUGAAAACGAACCUGUCCUGUCCUUUAAUGCCUUUGUUUAACUAUUUUACUAUUCUGUACUGUCAAUUAUCUACAGUGCAAGUCCCUGUAGUGAGCCACCUUAAAGAGCUUCAGUAUACAAUCAAUUAAUACGUUGACUUAUUUAUAAAGCUGUUAUAAAUGAAUUAAUCGGAGUAACACUUAGAAGUUGUAUCUAAGUCCAAAGUUAAAAAGAAAUAAGAAUAGAAAAUCACUAAAUUUUCUUAUUAGUCAUUCAAUUCAAGAAAGGCAUUAAAAUAUCUAAUUUACGUAUAUGUUGGUCUUUCAAAUUCUGUCUCACUUUUUAUUAAUAUUCUGCUUCAACGUGUAGAUUUGUUAUCUAUCCAAUUUGAGGUGUUUCAGCAGAGUCUGACCCACAGAGCAGCAGAGAUAGCUCUGAUUGACCAGACUCAUGCCAACACAUAACCUGGCCUUGGACUUUAGAUUGAAAUGUGAGUUGACACCCUGUGUUAUAACUUUCAACAUUCAUUUAAAUCCCUAGAGCGUUAUUAGUUGAUAGUAUAAGCAGACAUGCAAGCAUAUCAAAUAACAAAAAGUAACAUAAAAAACAAAUUGGUUAUUUCAUUUUGAAAAUCAUGUAUUAAAUCAUUUUUAAAGUGACAAGAAAACAAAACAGGACAGUAUAUGUUUGCUACUUUGAGAUUAUUAAUUCACAGUUUACUACUAAUUUGAUUAAUUAAAAGCUUUUACUGUUUCUAUUCCAGUGGGACACUUCAGACUACUUACCUAUGGAUAAGCCAAUACAAAACUUUUGAUCUCAACAUGCCAGUAGACAGUUUUUAUACGACAAUUGUUUUGGCACAAAUGUACAAGACAAAUGACCAGAGAAUAUGAUUCUCAUCAAGUCGCUGACCCAGAAUUUCGACAAAGGGACACUAUAAACAGUGAUACACAUCCGUAAAAACUGACAUCCUGUGUAUUUGUGUAAUAACUGACCAAAAUGUCGCAUCAUAAUCACUUCAGGUUGUGUUUUUUUAUGAUAGAUAAGUCAGUGAUGGUAUUAAAAGAUGGCCGGCUCUAAAAUCUCCCCCUGGUGGUGAUACCAUAAAAAUAGGGUGAGAGACUGACAUUUGUGGUCAGAGCUGUGAUGGUGGUGUCAUGAAGUGAAAUAGUCAGAUUUGACCAACGGUUCUACUUCCACAAAUGUUUUACUUCACUAUGUGAGCAUGGUGUCAAAUGCUAUGUUGUUUUAAAGAUUCAAAUCUCGUGUAUUCUGCUAUCCAGGGAUUUUGUAUUACAAAAGAAGGGAAGUUCACCAGUCUCUUACCUUACUGGUGAUUAUUCAUGUGUUUGCAUUAUUAAUCAGUACAAAGGGAAAAUUAAUAGGAUGUUAGUAAGGGAUUAUUUCUAUUUUAUCAACAUUAAUUGCACUGAUUGCUGUUCCAACCAUUGUCUUUUUCAUGUUAUGUACCUGAUGUUGUGUUUUCGUAGACAUGUAAGGGUGUAGGUCAGUCUGAUUGAAUGUUUAAUGGGCGCAUACAUUCAUCAGAUCUCAAGAUCCCCUCUCUCCUUCCCCGUCAAGUCCACUCAGAUUCACUUCACUGUCCUGGUGUAAUGCACAAACUAAACUGGUUUUAUAGGGAAUACACUUAUCCAAUAAGGUAGCUCUGGUGAAAGUUGUUAUAUCAAAACCUGGACUAGAACUAGCUGCAAACAUGGAAAGCAUGAGGGGGAAAUCAAAAUAUAUUUUUUUAUUUGUGUGAGCGGGCUUAAAAGUAGACCAGACCUCCCUUUUAUGAAGAAACCCCCUUACUUGUCAUAUUAUGAUAAACAUGUGAAGUGCUGAGAAAUGACCGACUGGAAUCAAUCACUAGCCAAUCACCAGCUGUGUCAGCGUUGACCGCCAGCUUCUGCAGUAGUUUGCCAGAGAGCAGGAGUGAGUGUAGUACAGCUGGAGUUCAUCCAAUCAGGUAAUGCGGUGAAGUGAGGAAGUGAGGAGAAAUGAGGGACCUCGCUGCAUGUAAAGUUAUCCAGUGUGUGAGCACUUUCGCCUGUUUGUAACUGCCUGUGCCAAUAAAGUUUGAUAUAUUCUGUG